AUGUUGGUGAAACGCCUCCAAAACGCGCUUCUAGCGCUGUCUGUGGCCGCUGUUGGCGCACAGGCUGGUGUUGCACGAGUUCGCUUGGAGAACCGUGCGGCGUCCUUCGAUUACAAAAGCCAGAUCGUUCGAGGUGUUAAUCUGGGUGGCUGGCUUGUAACGGAGCCGUGGAUUACGCCCUCGAUCUACGAUAAAGCCGGAGGUGGUGUUGUGGACGAGUGGACGUUGACCAAGACCCUGGGUCCAGACGAAGCUCGGAAGCGGUUGUCGUCUCACUGGAGCUCGUUCAUCUCCCAGGACGACUUCAGCCGGAUAGCUCAGGCUGGCCUGAACCACGUCCGAAUCCCCAUCGGAUACUGGGCUCUAGCCCCCAUCGAGGGUGAGCCGUACAUCGAUGGACAGCUGGAAUUUCUCGACAAGGCGAUUAAUUGGGCCAGAGGCGCGGGCCUCAAGGUCAUUAUUGAUCUACAUGGCGCACCCGGGUCCCAGAACGGGUUUGACAACAGUGGACACAGAGGCGCUAUUCAGUGGCAGCAAGGAAACACUGUCAACCAGACCGUGGUGGCUUUCGAUGUCCUGGCUAAGCGCUACAUCCAGUCUGACGUUGUGACCGCCAUCGAGGCUCUCAACGAGCCUUUUGUUCCCGGUGGUGUGAAUGAGGAUGGCCUGAAGAAUUACUACUACAGUGUCUUGGCCGAUCUCCGCAGCGUCAACCCCAACGCGGCCCUAGUCAUGUCUGACGCCUUCCAGGACGUGGAUUCUUGGAACGGCUUCAUGCAGGGCAGCGAUGUUGUCAUGGACACACACCACUACGAAGUCUUCGACAAUGGUCUGCUGGCCAUGGGCAUCAACGACCAUGUCAAGACCGCCUGCGCUCUCGGCACACAGCAUCUGGUGAAGUCGGACAAGCCCGUCGUGGUGGGUGAAUGGACCGGCGCGCUUACCGACUGUGCCAAGUACCUCAACGGCAUCGGCAAUGCCGCUCGCUACGAUGGCACUUACCUGUCAAGCACCAAGCUGGGCGACUGCUCCAACAAAGCCACCGGAUCAUCGGCCAACUUGUCCCCCGACGAGAAGGCCAACACCCGCCGCUACAUCGAGGCCCAGUUGGAGGCGUGGGAGAUGAAGAGCGGCUGGCUGUUCUGGACGUGGAAGACCGAAGGAGCCCCUGGAUGGGACAUGCAGGACCUCCUCGCCCAGGGACUGUUCCCUAACCCGCCGUCGGAUCGCCAAUACCCCAAGCAGUGCUGA